AUGAAGAAGAACUUUUUCAAAGUAUCAAAUUCAAGUUCUAUCGCUUAUAAUCAACCUAAUCGGGAAGAAAAUGCUAAUCAUUUAGAAGUAUCAUCACUUUCUUCUCAAGAAUUUGAUUUAAGUUCUUUAAAGGCUGAUCCAGAUGAAAGAACUCAAAUCUUGGAAUUUCAUCCAAAUCAUCGUGACGCUAUUAGAAGAGCUUAUCUUCAGAAAAAACCUUGUCAACCUCUAUUAAGAGAGUUUUCCCAAAUAGAGAUUUAUGGAGAUAUGCGACGUUUUAAUCGUCAAUGGUUUGAAGAAUUUCCUGAUUGGUUAGAGUAUAGUAAACAAUCUAAUCAAGAUAAGCAUGGGUAUCGAAUCCACUUAGCAGCUUCGGUUGAUGUAGUAAGACUUCUUGUGAAACAAGAUUUGGCAUUUCGAGUGAAAAAUGCUCCUCAAAAUGAUCAAAUGACUUAUCCAAAGAUUCAAAAAGAAAUUGUGAUUACUUGCAAGAAUGAAACAAUUAAGGGUAUCAUAAAGGAACUAAAUGGUGACUAUUUUUCCUUAUUGGUUGAUGAAUCUUUUGAUGUUUCACACAAGGAGCAAAUGGCGGUUGUUUUACAAUAUGUUGAUAGAAGAGGAUUUGUGAUAGAGAGACUUCUUGACAUUGUUCAUGUUAAAAAUACUAGUGUUUUAUCUCUAAAAGAUGUAAUUGUCAAUUUACUUUCUCAACAUUCCUUGAGUCUAUCUUACGUGCGUGGACAAUGCUAUGAUGGAGCAAGUAAUAUGCAAGGUGAUAUCAAUGGCCUUAAGAUGUUGAUUAAGAAAGAAACUAGAUUGGCUUAUUCCAUUCAUUAUUUUGCUCAUCAACUUCAAUUAACUCUUGUUGGUGUUUCUAAAAAAUGUCUUCAAGUUAGAGAACUUGUACACUUGGUUUCAGAUAUUUUUAAUGUGUUGGCGGCUUCUUAUAAACGUAUGGAUGAAUAUCGAGAAUCUUAA